UUAUUAUAUUUCAUCUCGGUUGAGUAAAAGAUUUGAAGAUCAUAAUUCGUGUGCGGCGCUAAACAAACAAGAGGCAAUAGAGAAAAAAAAGCGAAACUUGGGCAUACAAAAAAAGAAGUAAAAAAAGAAAAGAAAGAAAAAAAAACAACCUUUAGCUUAGAGAAUACAAACAAUAAGUGCGGGCUUGAGUUUCGUCCUGCUCCUACUCGUGUAUAAAAGAAGAAAAAUAUUCGACGAAGUUUUGAGAAGUACUGAAUUACGAUUUUUAGUUUCCACUAUUGCGGAAAUAAACAUCUCCCUUUUAGUACUACGGUCGUUGCAGUCUGCCACUCAUUUCAGGGUGAAUGAGUAUCGUAGAUGACGGGGCAAUACUAAUAAUCAGCAGGGUGGGAGGAAUGAUGGCUCUCUUUUACCCCAAUUCUAGCGUUUUAAGGGAAGUUUUGGCACAAAUGAGGAAACUGGUCCUUCCUCAAUACCAAACGUUAGUUCAUUCCAGUUGUUACGUCGUUAUUGUAUAGGUUAGGAUCUUUUGCGUUCAUCUCCGCGGUGGUGUGUGCAUAUACGAAUAUUUUAUCCCGAUCAUUUGAAUAUAUCGUCUAUCAAAUGUUUAGUGAUCGGAUGCUUGUUGUGUUCGUGCGUUUAUAGCUCUGAUUUUUUUUCGUGUCACUUUUACGUUUUGUAUUAUUAAAUCUCGUGAACAGUUUCGCGUUUACUUUUUUUAACCGGUUAUAUAGACUUUUUAAACCUUCGGAUACUUUUAUUUUUAUUUUUUUAUUUUAAUCACACGAUGAUAUGUAUCUCAAAUGCGACGAAUACGGAUCAGCUUUGUCUUUAAUUGAAGAAUCGGAACUGAAAAAAGGUGUUGUUUCUAUUAGUUCCGAUGAAUUGGUCGUCAGUCCCGUGAUGAAGGAAACGAAAACCUCGUGCAGAUGCAAAGGCAAAUGCAACUGCGGCGCUCGUAAAGGGCCAACGUUACGCGGAUCCAACGGUACGGUGAAUUUCCCUCUGGAGUUCAAUUUGCAGAACUUGAUCGGCCACCAGAAUCACCAAGUGUUCCCAAUGCAGACCGAGCUAAUAAAGCAUUUCACGUUAUCGGCGCUGAUGGCGUCUUCGGCGGUACCUCGAGAGGCGUACUCACCCGAGUUAUUCGCUCAGAAUUGGUCGUCGGCUGUGAACUACAACGAUACUCCCACGCACGUUGUAUCGUCCAGCGAUCAAAUAAUCAGACAACGAGGUACCUGCGGUAAACGUCGAAAAAAGAAAGAACCUAGCAUAUCUCCGGCUCCGCUUUCACCUCCGGUCUCCACAUCGUCCCCGUUGACCAGCCGAUCUCCCGUCGAAAGUAACGCCAAUGCUAAAACCACCGUCACAUCCAAAGGUAAAAAAUACGUUUGCAACAUUUGCCAGCGUUCGUUCGACUACAAGCAUGUUUUGCAAAACCACGAACGUACGCAUACCGGCGAAAAACCGUUCAAGUGCUCGCAAUGCCAGAAGAAAUUCACCAGGGACCAUCACCUGAAAACGCACAUGCGUCUGCAUACCGGCGAAAAGCCCUACAAAUGCGAGCAUUGCCCCAAAGAUUUCGUACAAGUAGCCAAUUUACGUAGGCACACCAGAGUGCAUACGGGAGAACGUCCCUACAGUUGCGACCAAUGUCCGUCGAAAUUUUCAGAUUCCAAUCAACUCAAAGCCCAUAUGCUCAUUCAUAGCGGACAAAAGCCAUUCGCUUGCGGCCAGUGCAACGGCCAGUAUCGUCGUAAGCAUCAUUUAAACAAUCACAAAUGCUCCAAAAAUGGCGCAUCCAACGAAGACGUGUAUAUUAAAAGUGAAACUGUGAUUAAGAACGAAGAUAUCGAUAUGAUGGACGAAGACGACGACAGCAAAUGCGCCAUGAGCGACGAUACGGUCAGCAGUGAUUCCGGAAUGUCGGCAGCGUUCAACAGCAGAUUGCAAGCCAAUGGUUACCAUCAACCUUGGAUUUCAACUCCGGCUAACGUCAUGCCCAUACCCGUUCAUCUGUCUCCGUUAUCGGAUUCGUUGAAUUUGACCAAAAUCGUCUCGAUACCGAUGCAAACCGAACCCGAAGAUCUCUCGAUUAAUAAAAAAUAUCGAUCGGCCAAUAACAACAAUUCUAGUGGCAGCGUCGCAGAUUCGUCGAGAAGCGCGUCGCCUAUAAUGGAGGAGCAUAAUCUUUCACCAAUCUCGUAGCUUCUAUAAAAUACUCAUUUUCUACUUAGCUCAUAAGUGCUGUGACUUUGUGCUCAAUCAAAUCUCGUAAAGUAUACUUUUGAAUAAGGUUUCCUCCAUUUUAAGCCUCAAGGUGUAUUACAGUUUUAUGUACUUACGUAUAGGUAAACGAGCUACACGUUCACCUGUAAACGAAACAUUUCCUCAUCGUAAUUAUACCGAAUACCCUUCAAUUAUCGAAUAAUAUUUAGGCAAUUUUUAAAAAUACGUAUUUACCCCGAAACGAAUUUUAAUUGUUCCUACGAGUGGACAUCUUUGUGAAAAAUGUCAAAAUACCUACCUACGUUUAUUUUAAACUUAUUCAAAAGUAAGGUUAAAUCCAUUAAGCAAUAUUAUUGAAAAAUAUCGAUGUUUUAAUGAUCUCCCCCUGAAGUCACACACUUUCAUCAAUUUAGACUAAUAAUGGUAACUAUUUUAUACAUUAUACCUAAGGUUAUUUGUACUUUUUUUCCUACAUAUUCGAAAAGACCACCAAUUAAAUAUUGAUAAGGAUUUUUACCUCUUUUGUUAUAUUUUACAUUCCUUGUAUUUGUAUUUUUUCGUUUUUUUUCGUAUGAUUUUUUUUUGUUUAUUUUUAUUUUUUAUUAUUAUCAUUUUUUUUUUUUUUUGCAAACAUACCCAAUUUUUUAUUUGUUACCUAUCUGUUUAAAUAGGGGUUACUUACAUGUAUCUUUCGCAAUCUCAACUCAUCGCCACCUUUUACGUAAUACGUAGGUAAAUGAUGACUCAAUUAUGUUGUCAAUUUUUUUCUGUGACAAUGGCUAUUAUACGUACAUCUUCGUAAGUCUUCCUCGAUUUGAAAACACGAUACAAAUAUUUUGUUAUUAUUUUAUUUGAUUAUUUUUCUUUCUUUUAAAAAAAUAUUAAAUGUGGUUAGAAUGGAUUACAUAAGUCAUAAAAGGUUUUCUAUCUUACCUACAUAAACGAUGUUUAGUUUAUUUUCAAAAUGUUAUUAGGUAUUCCUAAGCUCGUAAGGAAAUUUUUUUUUGAAAAAAAUGUUAAUGCGAGCUAGAUAUGUACCUAGCCUUAUGAGUUUUUUUCUGAGGUCGAGAAAAUAAAACGUGUGUAACUUAAUUAUCAUUUUAUAUCGAGUCAAAUUAUUGAGAAAUUUAUUAGUUUCGCUUUGUAAAUAUACGUGAUUGUUUUAAUGUAGUAAUUUCGGUGCUAUUGUUUUUCUUUUCGCUUUUGUUGAAAAUACAAGUUUAAGUUUUAAUAUUGGGUAAAUUGUAGCUUGAUUCGAAUAUCUCGUCGAUUUUUUUUACGGUACCUAUUUUUGGAAUGAGAUUUUUUUAUUUUCUGUUUUACUUACAUACUGACUAGAAUUGGAUGAAUUGAUUUAUUUCCACAUUUUACUACUGCUCCUUUUUAAACGUAAAAGACUGAAUUUGUAUUAUGGUUAAGGUAUUUGUAAUCGUAAUUGUGUUCAUUACCCUUAAGAAAUACUAUACUCCGGAAUUCGAGAUUUUUUUUUACAAUGUACAUAGAGUAUUUGGUGUAAUCUGUUUUGUUGUUAAAAUCUGUGUUAUUCGUGUAAUAAAUAUAUUCGAAAUUUAAAUUUUUA